AUGAAUUCACUCACAGAGUUUGCUCUCGAUAAAAGAUGGUUCAAACGCAUUGGCUUGACACGAACGAAAGUUGAUGACCAAAUUAUUGUUGAGGGAUUUAAAUACGGGAAACAUCCUUUUACAUCUAAAGAAGACAAAAAGAUUGUUGAAAAUGAAUAUCAAGUUGUGCAUUUUGAUUUGGAAACGUUCCCAAAAACAGAAAUUAAUAUUGCAAAACGUUUUCCUGAAGUCGCUGGGGGCCAUCUCAAUGGGGAUCAUAUCGCAUACUGCGCUGCAUGGAAAAUCGGUAACAAUGCAACUCAAAAAGCUUGGGGUCUCAAUUGUGUUCGAGACAUGCUUGAUUCACUUCCAGCUGACCAAAAUUUCUUAAUGUGGGCGCACAACGCCGGGUUCGAUGAACGUGUCCUUAUUUGGUAUUUAUCAACAUUUGAUAAUCGCGGAGGUUUCAUCGUGACAGGGAACAUGGUAAAACAGCUUGUGGGUACUUAUAAAGGUCGCCGCCUUGUAUUCAAGGACACAAGAUCAUUUAUUUCUUGUAGCCUAGCCGAGAUGCCUGAGCAGUUUCCGGGGGCCUGCGGUGAAGUUACUCUUGAAAAAGAGAGUUUUCCGCACGACGUAAUGAAUGCUGAUACAUUCGAUUCUAUGUUACCAUUAGAACGUAUCAAGUCGCAGUUCGAAGAUUAUGAAGCGCUAGUAAAGAAUGCUUCAAAGAUUGACGCUAUCAAAGACAACGCUUUAGAUGUUCAGAAAUACGCCAUCCAUUACUGUAAACGAGAUGUAGAUGUUUUAGCGUUGUGUUUCCAACAUAUAUCAAUGCCUGGGCUCGCGUAUGCAAUUUUAAACAACGAUGGUGCUUAUAAUGGAUGUUUUUCAAUGGCUGGACCAUGUUUGAGUUUCGCGCGUAAAGCACUCGUAGCAGGCAGAGUUAUGACCCGCGGAAACAACAUGUGGCAUGUUAAAGUAUUUGAUACAUACUCAAUGAUUAACGACGUCCGUGUUGAGCACCACAAAACGGAGUACACUAACAAAGAGGUUGAGCUUAUUAGAGGAACUAUUACCAGCGGAGGAAUCUUCGACUUUGAUGCUGUUUCGUUGUAUCCGUCAGCCAUGGCAUUCAUUCCUGGUUUUGUUAAAGGUAGGCCUCAAAUUCAUGGCAAAGAAAUACCAGAAAACGAUUUUCAUAUUAGUAAAGUUAAAAUUCUUUCAAUCGGUAGGAAGUUGCAUUUCCCGCUUCAAUCAAUCAAGGAAGACAACGAAUCUCGUGAUUUCACCAAUAUAUUGUUGGCUGCGAAAUCAUAUUAG